GUUCAUAACACCGUCUGUAGUUUUAACAUCCCUGCUCAGCAGCCUGAUGGUCAAUUCGAUCAAAUCUAAUCAAAAUAUAGUGAAAAAUAAAAAUUUUUCUAUUGGGAUUUUAUUUUGCUUUCACAAAUCUGGCGGUUACGGUUUAAUGCCGGGUAGUAAUAGUAGAUAACUAACAACUUUGCCUUUUGCUUUAAAUUAUCAACUAUAAAUAAUAACUUUGCUAUUAAACUAAACUCAUGAAAUGGAACCGGGUACGAUUCGCAGGUUAGACGAAGCUGUCGUCAACCGAAUAGCUGCAGGUGAGAUCAUACAACGGCCCGCCAAUGCACUGAAGGAAAUGAUAGAAAACAGCUUGGAUGCAAAAUCAACCAGCAUUCAAGUGGUGGUGAAAUCUGGUGGUUUGAGAUCAUUGCAGAUUCAAGAUAAUGGAACAGGUAUACGUCGGGAAGAUCUGGAAAUCGUCUGCGAGCGAUUUACCACAUCUAAACUACAGAAAUUUGAAGAUUUGUCAACUAUUGAGACCUACGGCUUCCGAGGUGAAGCACUAGCCAGCAUAAGUCAUGUGGCCCAACUAACUAUAACAACCAAAACACGGCAUGAAAAAUGUGGCUAUAAAGCAUCCUACGAAGAUGGAAAGUUAAAAGGACAAAUUAAACCGUGUGCUGGUAACCAGGGUACACAAAUUCUCGCUGAAGAUUUGUUCUAUAAUGUUCCUUUGCGAAAACAAGCGCUUAAAGCGCCUAAUGAAGAAUUUCAAAAGAUAUCGGAUGUGGUGAGUAAAUAUGCCAUUCACAAUCCACAAACGGGAUUCUUGUUGAAAAAAAUCGGUGAAAAUGCAACCGUUCGUACUCAGGCAAAAUCUACUGUCGAGAACAAUAUUAAACUUAUUUAUGGACAAUCAAUAGGUAAAGCAUUGCUGAAAAUCGACAUUGAUGAUGACAUUCUACAAUUAAAAGUUGAAGGUUUUGUAACUAAUGUCAACUUCACGCUUAAAAAAGGCAUAUUUAUAUUUUUCAUAAAUCACCGGCUAGUAGAGUCGGUUAAUUUGAAGAAAGCGAUUGAUCAGAUUUACUCUCUGUAUCUGCCAAAAGGAAUGUCACCGUUCAUAUAUCUUUCUAUCGAGUUACAUCCUAACAAUGUGGACGUGAAUGUACAUCCAACAAAGCACGAAGUUCACUUUUUGCAUGAGGAUGAAAUUAUGGCGAAAAUCACUGAAACCGUGGAGCGUGUUUUGCUCGGAGGUAAUGUUUCGAGGACGUUCUACACUCAAGCGCUUUUACCCGGCGCUUCGAAUCCUGAUUCAUCGAAACUGAAUGAAUCCAGCGAUGCGGGAGACAAGGCUAGAUUGGAUUACAAAUUUGUUCGCACCAGCCAUAGCGAUCAAAAAUUGGAUAAAUUUUUCGGAAAUGUUUCUCGAAAUGGAAGCAUGAGCGAAAAUAAAUAUUCACAGAAUCUGAAAUGUCAAAGGGAUACAAAAUUGACCAGUGUGCUUGAAUUACGCAAAGCUGUUGAAGACGACUGCGAUCGGGAUCUGCGAAAAAUUUUCUGCGAACUCACUUUUGUCGGUGUUGUAGAUCGUACUCGGGCACUGAUUCAGUACGAUACGAAAAUGUUUCUUACUUCUACUAAAGUUCUCUGGGAGGAGCUGUGCUACCAGAUACUGCUGUUCAAUUUCGGCAAUCUGAGUGGGUUGAAGUUUUCCAAUCCGUUGCCCUUGCAUGACUUAGCUAAUCUUGCUCUGCAGGAUCCAGAGAGUGGAUGGACUGAAGAGGACGGUCCGAAACCUGAAUUGGUGGAACGUAUCGUUGAAAUACUUGUAGAAAAAGGAUCAAUGCUGCAAGAAUAUUUCAAUCUUCGUAUUAACAGCGACGGAAAGCUGGAAUCCAUACCGAGCCUGGUGAAUGAAUAUACUCCGUCGAUGGCAUAUCUACCGAUGUAUAUUCUACGUUUGGCAACGGAAGUUGAGUGGGAUGAAGAACAGGAAUGUUUUCGAACAUUUUGUAGAGAAACUGCCAAAUUCUACGCAACAAUCGCACUGAGUAAAGAAGAUUCCGAAUAUAAAUGGGAAGUAGAGCAUGCAAUUUAUCCAACUAUCAAGCAAUACUUUCUACCUCCCACAGCAUUUGCUAAAAACGGUUCACUUCUUCAAAUAGCUAAUCUUCCAGAUCUGUAUCGUGUUUUUGAAAGAUGUUGAUGAAGUUAAAUAGAAUAUAUUACAAUGUUAAAA